GCCUCACCAUCUGAGACAAACGCCUGAUCAACUUGGCAAUCCAUUCGAAAGGCUCGAAAUCAUGUCCAACCGAACCAUUUGCGAUGUCGACACGCCGGACCCCUGGAUCGUGGCCGGCAACGGCAAGUUCUAUUUCACCUUUACCCUCGACAACCGCAUCGAGAUAUGGUGCUCCAACACGCUGGAGAAUUUCCACCACUGUCACAAGAGCGUCGUCUGGCAGCCGGCGCCGGGGACUCCAUGGUCGGUCAACAUUUGGGCACCAGAGUUGCAUUACCUCAAGGGCCGGUGGUACAUCUAUACCUGCGGCGCGCCGCCCGGGGUCGGAAACCCGGGCCAUCGGACCACGGUCCUCCGAUCGUCGUCCCAGGACCCGAUGGAUGCCUCUGCAUGGGAGUUUUUAGGACCGCUGAAGGGCAUGCCGGAUCACUGGUCCAUUGACGCCACAGUAUUCAGUCCCAACGGGCAUGACUUGUACUGUUGCUGGUCAGGAUGGCCUCUCGGAGAUCAUUCAGACACCCAGCAGGACCUGUUCUUGAUUAAGCUUCGUGUCCCGGAAGAAGCCAUCACAGAUACACUCCUAUGUAUCUCAAGGGCUGAGCUUUCAUGGGAGCGUCCCGAUGAGGGCCGCCGUGGUGUCAACGAGGGCCCGACAUGGGUCGACAUCCCUAGCGUCUUCAGAGGCAUCGUGUACUCGGCUGACGGAAGCUGGACCAGCGACUACAAACUCGGUCUACUGCCGCUCGUGGGGCAAAACCCUCUGGAUCCGGGCGCCUGGGCUAAGCGAUCGACGCCGUUGAUGGUCAGUCACAAGCGGUGUGGAGGUCCGUACGGGCCGGGGCACGCCAGCUUCCUGCCAAAUCCUCAUGAUCGAAGCCGUGUUUACUGCAUCUAUCACGCGACGGCGAAUUAUGGUGAGGGGUGGGUCAACCGGAAAGCGAGGGUGAUUGAUCUUGGGCCGCAGUGCUUUGGGUCUCACGCCCACUCGAUAUGCUGCGCGCUGGAACGUCACAUCCCGAAGCACGGCCACGAUCGACCGCAUAAGUCAUCAUGUAUCAUGUCCUGAAUUAUAUGUUUAUAUGCCAAAAUGUCGCAGCGCCACACGUGGCGCUGCCGGUUACUGCCGUACGAUACCGCUUUCCACAAGCCGAUUACCCGUCUUGUACGGUAUAUAGAUAUGAC